GUUCGGUAUGUGUGGACUCUGCUGCUCCACCCUGGCCUAUCACCACCUGCUGACAAGCGCACCUUUGUCCCUCCAAGGAACCUUGCUCCCACUGGCCAUUCUUUGAGGCCCCAACGCCUACAGAUGUUGCCAGGGCUGGUUUUGCCCCCACCACUCUGGCACCCCACCGGGAAAGGAGACGGGACAGCUGGCUGUUGCAGAGCAGACCACAGGAUAACUGCGGAACCCAGCCCUUUGGAUCGAGGUGCCCGGUCUGCGGACCCGGAGACCCUCCCAGCCCGUUCAUCCUGCAGACGUUCCAGAAGACUCUCCUCCAGUCCCAGCUGCACUCCAGCCUCAGGUGCCGCCCGCCAGCUUCCGCCCUCGACAGCCGCGGGCGUGGAGCUGCAGUGGGCCGGGCGCGGCCUCUCCCUAGCUCCCGCCCCCGGCGCGUCUCCAGCGAGCGCAGAGCUCGGCAAGGCGCUGGGACGCUGGGACGGCGGCAGCGGGGCUCUGCUUGCCAUGGCCCCGGGCCUGCGGGGCCUCCCGCGGCGCGGCCUCUGGCUGCUGCUGGCCCACCAUCUCUUCGUGGUCACUGCCUGCCGGAACCCUGCCUAUGGCACUCUCAUCCAGGAGCUGUGCCUCACCCGCUUCAAAGAAGACAUGGAGACCAUCGGGAAGACUCUAUGGUGUGACUGGGGAAAGACUAUAGGGAGCUACGGGGAGCUAACUUUCUGCACCAAGCAAGUGGCAGACGAGAUUGGCUGUUUCUGGCCCAAUCCGGAGCUGGACAAAUUCUUCAUUGCUGUCCACCAUCACUACUUCAGCAACUGCCCCAUCUCUGGCAGGGCCCUGCAGGACCCUCCCAACAGCAUUCUCUGCCCUUUCAUCAUGCUCCCCAUCACAGUCACGCUGCUUAUGACUGCACUGGUGGUCUGGAGGAGCAAGCACACUGAGGGCAUCGUGUAGGUGUCCCAGGCAAUGGGGGGGGGGGGCGGUUGGGGAAUCAUGGGCCUGGUCCAGCAACAGCAUCAGGGGCUGAGAGCAAAGCAGGCCCCACAUUGCAUCCUGCUCUAGCCUAGUUAGCACAGGACUUCAGAGUGGCUCUGCAUUAAGCUGAAUGUGUCCCAGCUGGAGGCCUCUAGCGGGGAACAGGGGCAUGCCUCUACUUACCUCUGCAAGAGUUCUAAGUGCCAGUUCUCUAAUGUACUUCAUCAUUACUGUGGGCAUUCUGACCUCCAAGCAAGACUGCUCAGAUGGGUGUGUAGAUGCAUAGUUUAUGAUUAAAAGAAUAUUCUUAAACUGGGGAA